CAUACCCUGAAUGUUUGGGUGCAAUGAAGUUUUCAUCAUUUGUCUGUGGAAACUUCAGGACGCUGCAACCUUUAUCCGACGACAUUCGAUCAACUCAAGCGUAAGCAUGUCGCUUAUGGAGUUUGGAAGAUUGCCUUCCGGCGUUAGAACGAACCCGACCCAGUUCCAAGUCCAUGUGCCGGAUCAAAAACUACGUGAUUUCAAACAGCUCCUGCGGCUCUCGCCUGUCGCCGUUGCCACCUUUGAGAACUCACAAUCCGUCGGCAGGCGAUAUGGCAUCCAACGGGAAUGGCUUGUCAAUGCCAAGGACUAUUGGUUGAACAAGUUUGACUGGCGAGCGGAAGAAGAGCGCAUCAAUUCCCUUCCCAAUUUCAAGAUGUCCGUGAAUGGCUUCAAUGACAAGAAUGAUGAAUUGGAAAUUCAUUUCAUCGCCCUGUUCUCUCAGAAUGUAGAUGCAAUCCCCUUAGUCAUGUACCAUGGUUGGCCGGGAUCAUUUCUGGAAUUCCUACCCAUACUUGAAAUUCUGACCUCCAGGUAUACACCAACUUCGCUGCCCUACCAUGUCGUAGUGCCUAGUCUUCCGGGCUACGCCUUUUCCUCCGGCCCCCCUCAUGGGAAGGACUUCACUCUUGUGGACGCUUCUCUAGCUCUUGAUAAGCUAAUGAGCAAUCUUGGAUUCUCGGAAGGCUACAUCUCACAAGGUGGUGAUUUGGGUCAAUCCAUUGCUCGGUACCAGGCCGCCUUCUGUGAUGGAUGCCAGGGUAUGCAUAUUAACUAUUGCCCAAUUCUGCGGCCGAAGAACGCAGAUGAUCUGCCACUGCUCAAGAUUGAGAAAGAAGCUUUACCUAGAAUACAAUGGUUUAGGGAAGUCGGUUCGGCGUAUGCGGUCGAACACGGAACAAGAACAGCAACAAUCGGUCACGCCCUCAGCGCAAGCCCGCUUGCGUUGUUGAGCUGGAUAGCUGAAAAGUUCCUAGAUUGGUCGGAUGAGGAUCCUUCGCUAGACGUGAUACUCGCUGAUGUUAUGCUUUAUUGGUUCACUGAUACGUUCCCUAGAUGUCUUUACCCAUACCGCGACAUGGAGGGCGAUCAAGAAGAACCACGAAUCGCAAAGGCUUCAGGUAGAGGCGAUAUCCGUGCCUAUGUAUCUAAACCUUCAGGAUACUCAUUCUUUCCGAAGGAACUCAUGCCGAUGCCUAUCAGCUGGGUGGCAACAAGCUGUAACCUGGUCACCGCGACCACGCACACUAGCGGUGGCCACUUUGCUGCACUAGAGAAGCCACAUGAGCUACUGGCAGACAUCGAGGAAUUUGUUCAAAAGGCAUGGCACCCGACUAAUACAUCUUCAUAGACGCCCCAGAAUUCAAUGGAUAUUCUAGUAGUGCUGUUGACGCCGUCAAAAUGGGGAAAGGCAAGCGUUAUACUUUUACCAAGAGGAUGCUAAACUAUGAACAAAGCACUACUUAUAGUAAAAGCUAAUUUUCAUAGCACACAAGGAUCAUCAUGUGGUUCGGAGAAUGACCUCAACUAGCUUCUGAUAAUGCUGUCGUGUAUGUAUCCUCAGGCUGUGAGCGUGAAGACUGUUUUGCGCAUGAAGACCCACUGUAUUGUAUUUUUAUUAACCAUCGAGAGAUGAGAUCCCCCACGGACUUACUAGAUGUAUAUGCUGUAUUUAAGAGCCUUUAUGAGCCAAUUGCUAGUUAAAAUUUUAGACUGGCCAUAGGACAACAAUUUGUUACAAAGCGAUUCUUGCAACAGCUAGGAACUGCAAGAAAAAAGUUUAUGUAAAAUUACUUGGCGUUUACUUAAGAUGACCUGGAGGAGCAAGGGGGGUAGAGG